AUGGACGCGACGGCGUCUUUCCGCGAGGCCGCGAGGGAUGCCGCGGUGUCGACGCGCCGGCUCUCGCCGACGCGCGCGGAGGCGAGCGUCGCCGCGGUGGGAUUGCCGCCCCCGAGCGCGCGCUCGCCGGUGUUGAAAGCCGCGCACGACGCGCUGUCGCUCGUCCGCGAGCUGCGCGUUUUCCUCGCGAAACACCGCGUGGACUACCUCAGGGAGAGCAAAGACGCGGACGCGGUCAGGGACGGGAUCGAGUCCGAGGUGCGCCUCAGCGUCCGCGCGUGCCAGGCGCACAUCGCGAUGUUACGAUCCACCGUGGAGGAGACCGCGUCGACGCCGGGGCGGGAGGGGACGCAGUCCGUCGCGCACCUGCACGGCGUCGUGCUGAUCGUGACCGAGCACUUACAGCGCGUCGCCGCGCUGUUCGACCAGUGCCGCGAGGUUCGGUUCAAGAGCGUGCUGGACGAGGCGGAGCGCCGCCGCCGCCGCGCGCCGAGGGCGGCGGCGCGCUCAGCCGCGUCGGCGAACGGCGCCGCAGAUCCUGCGCCGUACGAUGAUGACACGUCAGCAUCCACGUCAGCGACCACGUCACAUCAGCAGCAGCAGCAGAUGGAGGAGCGAACGUCGGGGAACGAGCUCGUGGACGAGCUCGCCGGGCUCGCGGAUCAAGUUCGCAGAACCGAGGGCGCGGUGCUCGAGAUGGCGGCGUUGUCGUCCUUGUUCGCGACGCACGUGCAGCAGCAAGCGACGCAGAUCGAGGCGCUGUACACGCAGGCGAUAGAGAGCACCAAGCGCAUAGAGAGCGGGAACGUGGAGCUCAGGAAGACGAUCGCGCGACGGGGGGACGCGAACGUCGUCGUCGGCGUUAUUCUUUUCCUAGCGACGUUUGGCGUGCUCUUCAUGGACUGGAUGACCGGGUGA